AGCAAUGGCGGCCGUCAGUGCCAGUAGUAUGUUAGAGUUUGUUCGCCGUAUUUUCCGCGAACGUCAAGACCAUGGCAUGCUCACCAUCAGGCAGCUGCGUACGCUAUACACUGACGAGCUCAAAGUGAAACACCUGUCAUCAGAAAACCGAGAAGUCUUUGCAUCAAUAGUCACAACUGUGUUUAAGGAGUUUGUAGACUUGGCAGACUCCAGAGACAAGUCAUCGCAGGACGUCAAGUCAAGUAGCGACGACACCCCAGCAGAUCUAGGGGCCACCAGUCCAUUGCGCACAAUACUGCCCCAAAACGGUAACUGCUACUUGGAUGCUGAAUCGCCCAUCAAAUGCCCCAAUGCCAGGAAUGUUCAGCGAGUAGUUGACACAAGCAGUGACUCUGAUGAUGAUGAUGUGAUUCGGGCGGUGAAGGAAACAUUAGGUGUGCGGACACAUCGACGAACACAGUCGAAACCGGCUCCCGUGCUUAGUGUUGCUCCCAUCAGUGCUCUCAACAGCAUAUCGACCGUAGGUGCCAAUGCAUCAAUAGCUAUUUCAACUGAUUCAUCACACAUUUCUCCAAAGGUUCCUUCUCCAAGUGUUUCUCCGGGUGUUUCGUCAAGUUUGUCUUCCAACCCUGCAUCGAGUGUAAUAUCUGAGCUCCCGCUUAAGGAUGCACCUUGUGAUGAAUCCAUUAACGCUUCCUCCAAUGCUGCGACCAGUGCAGUGUGUUGUGCCAUUCCGACUGUGGUGUUCCCUGUGGCUUCAGCCGACAAGGCUGAAGCACCUUGUGGAGGGGACGCAUCAGACUCCUCGGACUCUGAAGGAAAGCUGAUGAUUGCCGAGUCCCCCAUGUCUGCCGAGUCUCCCCGGAGACCUUCAUCAGAUGGCGAAGGUAGUGCCAGGGUUGGAGAACAUGGAGUAGAACCCAGAAGGCCUCCUCUGUCUGAAAGUAAGAAAGUGAAAAAUCCUGCCAGCAGUCCAAGUGAAGGAUCUAAGACCCCAACUCAAGAGAGCAACGGCAAGGAACACAAAAGCAUGGACGACAUGCCUUUGUUUACUCUGAAGCUGACGAAAACCAAGACAGGUGGCUGGAUCAUGGUUAAGCCCAAGAGUGAAGAGUCAGAUGCUGGAGACGAGACGUCCCCACAAAAGCCUAACGUAGUGCGUCGAAAACGUGUCCCAGCACCACGAAAAACCAAGGGAAAGAUCCCAGAAAUUGCCCAUGGUAUCUUUGACUCAAGUGACGAUGAGCCACUGUCAGAACUGCGCAACAAGCAACCAAAAAAGAAGCCAGCCCCUGUGAAGCUGGCUACUAUGGAAAAUCCCAGCAUCUCGGACUUGGAGCAGAAACUUACGCGGGUACACAAGCGACGGAAGAAACCAGCUGAUGGCUUUCCACCUCCAAGCAAAAAGCGUAAGCGCACAAGACGGGAGCCAACAGGCUGUUCUAAAAAGCCUGCAGCAAAACCAGCAUCAACAGAGAAUCCAGCUGUAGCAAAACUCAAGCGUUGCAUUAGCACUGCGGGUCUAAGGGUUCGCUAUGUGCAGUUGCUGGAGGAAACUGAUACUGUAGAGCAGAAAGUGGCAAAGCUCAUGAAAGUUCUUAGGGAUGCUGGGCUUCAAGGCAACGCAACAUUGAAGAACUGCAGAGAGCUGAGGCAAAAGCGUGAAGAAGAGAACGAAAUUCGGAGUCUCGAUAAAAGCAACAUUGUUGAGAACUCACAAGCAUCUUCCACAUCACCUCAACAUUCAGAUGGUGCAACGAAGCGAACAACUCGGAGUGCAGCCGUCUCCACAGUCCCAAGUGCCACACCCGAGGAACCCCAGGAGGUGGUCGACGAAUCGCGCAAGGUCUUCUCAAGGAUACAAAACUUGCACCAGAAAUUGGUCCAAGUUGCAUGUCAUCAACUUUUGGAAUAAUGGAUAUUUAAUAUGUGAAAGGUUGGUGGCAAUAAAUAUAACCUUCUUUUUUUUCAUUUGGUCCCACAGAUAUAACAUACCUUCAACUACUUUUUGAAAACUACUUUGCUUAAUGGAAAAAUGUGUUUUGCUUCUGAGCUUCCACUGUUGGUAGGCUUUUAAUGAAAUUGCUGUUCUAAAGGAACUGUGGUACUUGUCAAAAAUCUUAUUUCGGCUCUGCAAACAGGCCAAAAUCUGAAAAUUUUCUAGAAUGCAUGCCCAAUGGUCUGCAGUGACCAAGUGUGCUUUUCACAGCAGAGUUAGUCAACCACAAAAGGCCUUUUAAAACAUCUUUGCAUUUCAAUCUUACCUGCCUGGUGAAUCAUUGAUAUCCAGCUUAAGGGCUCAAAAUUGCACAUUUCUGCUGCUGUAGUUUUCAAGAGCUUCACAUCCCUGGUGCUUUUAUUCUUGUUAAAAUACAUGAGCACUAAAGGUAAUUAUCAAACUAGUAAGCUGCAUUGCUAAACCACACUUGUGGAGUUGCAAGUGAGUCAAAAUUUGUAAAUUUAAGAAACGAAUGCAGUAACAAAGACAAACUACAGUAGUAAGGACAUGCACACGGGCUGACUCGUAGCCAUGCAUUUGUUGAGAAAAGCAUGUAUAUGGAGAACUGCACACGAACGCAUAUCGGGCUCUUUUUCAAUACUUGGCACAUGUCAGGGUGGUAAACACACAGUGACUCAUGUUCUUAUUUUGUCAUCUUUAAGAAAAGAUAGUGUGCUUAGCACUGCUUUGCUCUUGCUCAAGUUCUCCAACAAGAUAUAGAAUUAUUCGGUCGGUCUUGCAAUGCAGUACUUAACACUCAUUUUAUUGCCUGGAUUGUUUCGACAUUUAGUUGCCACUAGGCUGUUAAGCAGUUACGCAUCUCCACAGCAGCUUGCUUCUCCGAUGGAAGAUGUGCGUAGAGCAUUUCUUUCUUUCUUUCUUUCUUUCUUCUUUUAACAAAAUGUGGAGGCAAAAUAUCAGGUGCUUUAUUGAAUGAUGCAGGCCAAUAAAUGUAGUCUAGCGGUAAAAUUUAAGGAAACACAAAUAACUGUAAAGUGUUUCAAAGAUCACAGAAUGAAAAUGCACACCACUAUACAAUUGUACCACGAAAGGAGGCUGGCAUGUUGGAAAAGACCAUAAAAACAAAAUAGUGGUGGGGACGUGCCAGUCUGAAAAGCCCGCACCACCUCCUCACACCAUCAUGGAUUUCGGAAUUGUCUGGUGGUGGCUAGCUUAUCAUUUAUAAUAAAAGCUGACAUAUUGCAUUCAAGACCCAGCAGAAAACUCAACCAGCCUAGUUUUGCAAACCUAUUGCACAGAAGUCCGCUGCAGUAGCUGUGUGAUAGCUAUGGUGUUUCACUGCUGAGCUCGAGGACACUGAUUCAAUCUUGGCUGCGGUGGCCACAUUUCGAUGGCAGAAUGCAAAAAGGCUCGUGUACCAUGCAUUGUGUGUGUGUUAAAGAGCCCCAGAUGGUCAAAAUUAAUCCAUAGUCCCCCACUAUAGUGUAAUUUUUUACCAGUUCGUAGUUUUUGGCAUCUAAAACUCCAGAUAUUAAUUUACAAUUUAUGUAUUGCACAGAAAAGACCAGAGUAAGCAUAUGUAACUUUGUCAAAAUUUGUGACAUUGCAGCAGUGUCAUUAGAGGCACAGUUUAAGCACAUAAUUUAAGCAACCGAACUUUGGGCUUCAGAUUUUCUCUACUAUAAAACAAUCAUUUUCCUGCAAGAAAGUGUAAGCUUAAACAAAUAUAGAAUUCGACUAAGGUAUAUUUUCAUGUCAAUGCAAUUUUGUUACAUUUGACUGUAUAUAUAGACUACAACAGCGAUCACUGCACUAGAUCUAGAGAAUACAGCAAUGCAAGUCUGCAUUAAAAGUGCUUCUCCAGUUUUAAGCUGACUGAAUUGCUCAACAGUAACCGUUGUUAAAAAAUAUUUGUUCAGUAAUUGAGGAAAACUCUAGCACCGCACCUGGCCAUUCAAAAUUGGAUAGACAGGGUGGUUCUGUUUAACGUGCUUCAAUACAGGAAGGGGUGUGGUGAAGAGUCCUGAGAAAGCCUUCGUUAUAAAUUCGGGCGGUAUGCUCAUCCUAAAAUUUUUGUUUUCUCUUUUUUGUUUGACGAGUGCCCAUUUCCGUGGCAAAGUUCUUCCUUCACCAGGUGCUGUUUUGACAAAAACUUUUGCCUAUAACGUGUGACUGUAGACCCUGACGAGAGGUUUAAAUUAACCAUGAAGAGACGCAUGGACCUAAAAUUGCCCAGCUGAAAUCUGCUGCUUUUAAGGCACCUUGAAUUGGUUUUGUUGUACACUUGUUCAUGGCCUACAUUUUCUGCAUUAACGUUUCUCUCUGGCACUUUGUUAGUUUCUAUGCUUUAAUCAUGUGUGUAGCAGGAGCAAACAAAAUUAAUUGUUUUAAAGCAGAAAUAUCUCUUCACUCACUCCAACCAUUUGACCCCGAAGGAAGCAUAGGGGAACUUAACUGGGGUAUUUCAUAGAAAUGUAGAAUUAAAAGGAAAAACAGAUGACAACUUGCUGCCAGCGGGAGCCGAACCCACAACCUCCACAUGACACAUGCCCCCGAUUGGGCUACCACAAGGGGCUGCCUACUUUCUCCGGUAGUUGUGUGUGCGUGUACUGUAACCUAGCCCAGUGGAGCUAUUAUUUAGCUCUGCAUUAGCCAGCACAGAGCAUCACAUGCAUCAUGCAGAACAUGUCGGUUUGGCUUCCACUGGCGUCACAUUGGUUUUUCUCCUACAUUGAUUUCCCUUUUUCCGUAUCAAUCCUGCAUUUCUAUCAAAGGAAUAGUUACUUUCCUGUAUGCGUUCCUUGCCUUGGCUGUCUUUUUAUUUCAUACGAUCGUUACUAACAAAAGAUUUAGCCCCUCACUUCCCCUGAUUUUACAGUUGCUGCAGUUAUCUAAAUCUAAAAACCUCAAUUAAAAUGUAAUUUAAAUGCUAACUUACAUGGCUCAACACAAUUCUACAACAUGAAGGCCAAUUUAGGGCUAUAGUCAUUAACAGAUGAUUUCACGUCUCAUCUUCCAGCUGUUACAUUAGCCACACUUACCGAACAAUGUGAUAUAAGUCCUGACGAAAAAGGUCUUCCCACUCUGAAUACUAUUUACAGAUAAUAAUAAAUGCAUGAUAUUGUAGCUCUUCCACUUUGUUCUUCUGUUGCAGAAGCUCCUUUCAGUAAAUACUACUUUACCACAUUCUUUGGCAUUGCUAGAAGACACAAAUUACUCUACCCCUCUGGUAUGUCUUAUCAAGUGACCGAUGAAAGCAGCUUGCAAGCUUAUUUCCGCGAGCCAGUCAAUAAAUGCUUGCUCAUUGGCGAAACUUGGUUGCAACCUAUACUGGGCUUGCAGCGUUAUUUUGUGCCUGGUGAUGCCAAAUUUUCUGGGCAACCCCUCAGCUACUUAUUUGCUGUGUGUUUGUUUUUCCUGUAUCCUGUCAUGUUGCAUGUUUACCAAAAAAAAAUAAUUCUUAUAUAAAUUUUAACUUAUAUUUAUGUUAGCUUUGGAUGGCUUUGUGGCUUCUGACUGUCAUGCAUGUGGACAUGUGGGUGUCAGUCUUGCUUUAACACAAUAGUCUUAGAAACUUUACCUCAGAGACAUAAACUCCGUUUCACUGAGGAAAGAAAUAUGGCCAUGGCAUGCAGUCAUAGAUUCACAAUUUCAGCUAAUAUCUGUACCUUCUACUUUUUUUUUUUUCCUCAUCUUAUCAUGUUGCCGAAAAUUAUCAUUGCAAAAGUUCUUCUGUAUCAAUUCAUUCCACAUACUUAGUCUCUUAUUUGCCAUGUAUGUCAGGAAUUCAUGGCACAACUUGCACUCAUGCUGAAGAUAAAGGGGCUCCCGCAGCAUUUCUUAUGAAGGACAUGGGACGCGGUAUUAAAAUGCACUGCCUCGUGAAUCUUUUCUAGGGAAAACUUCUUGCAUGCACCUUGUAUGGACAGAGUUAUCCAAUGUCACUUGUUGUCUUAGCACUGGGCUAACAGUGUGCCUGUUAGACUAACAUUUCUGAAAAUGACUAUGAAUAUGGCACGAGAGGUACGCGGGCACUCCAUCAAGAUUGUUGUAACCGCAAAAACAAGCAUGUCGCAAUGUUUCAGCACAGAAACUAACCUGCUGACUCCUAAUUAACGAAUCUAGGCAGUUUCCUAAUUUGAAUAUCGUACUUCACAUUGAGCAAGUUUGUUACUUUCUUUAGGAUCACAAAAUCAAGUGCCAUGACUUGGUGAUUUCUGGUUGAUUAGGUAUGUGAAGUAAAAACUAAAUAGUCAAUCACAACAAUUUACAAACCUCAAGAUUAGGGUAAUUUAACAGAUUCCAAGUUUAGGUAGGGGUCACUGUAUUUUCUUUAUUACACUUGAGUAAAGUCCUUUGUUGGGGGUAGCUAGUGGCACUCUUUGCAUGAUCAGUUGCGAUUUCAUGCAACAAAUAAGCCAAAAUUUAAUGAAGCCACAGCAUCUUCUGACAUCAUGUUUCUGCAAACUUAAUAUGACGAAUUCCAUGUCAUGCUAAUUAAAGGGCUACAAACUCAAAAACACAUGAGCUAUCUGAGAGCAUGUGUUAAAAUGCCACAUUUACCUAAACCUUAGCCAAUGCUUUUGCAAAAUGUGCAGGCAAAAGUUAAGUGUGGGCUUAGAACUGCAGAUGUGAUUCAAGGAUUCUAAGAGUAAGCAUGUAUCAAAGUUACCUUCGACAAUCUGCUUGAGGAGCACAGCUCCGUCAUUAUGUCAAAAGACUUGCUGAAAAAGUGCACCAUUUAAAUCUGAUCGGCACUGUCACACUGUUCAUGUAUCACUGAACGUGUUGCAAACUGGAUAGCCUGGCAUGUGGAAAAGCAUCCUUGCCAAGCUAAUCUCGUGAAUUUCUCAAGAAAUUAUGCAUUUAAAAAGCAGUAGGCAGAAUUAAGGACAACACGUUGUCUGAGGAACAGAGCAAUCACACUACAUCGACGUAGAUGACAUGUAAACUUGGGUCAGGAGAGUGCACUUUCUAUGUAUUGUACACAACCGCCUAAGACAAAAUUGUGAUUAAUGUUAUGUAUGUAAUAAUGUGUGGCACUCUGCUUUUUUUUAUAUUUUGCUCAGCUUAAAUUUGGGAAAAGCAUUUUUUUUUUGGACAGGGACCUAACUUCUUGGAAGGUUAGAUAGCACGCAUUUGUUUUAAAUUUCCUGAGUACGUCUUCAGGGAUACAUACGCAGAUUAGUAAUGAGGAUGUAACUCAUUUUAACUUGUUCUAAGGAUGUAACAAGGGUUUAAUGCAGCGCACAGAGCAGCAAGAACCCUGAGAUGGCAAGUAAUGACAAGCAACAAACUUUUUCUAUAUCACCCACCUUGGUGGCUGUGGCAUUGCACGUCUAAGUAUGAGGUCACGUGAUCGAAUCCAGGCCACAGCGGCUGCAUUUCGAUGAUGGUGAAAUGCAAAAACACCCAUGUACCGUGCUUUGGGUUUACGAUAAAGAACACAGGUGGUCGACAUUAAUCCGGAGUCCUCCACCGCGGUGUGCCUCAUAAUCAGGUUGUGGUUUUGGCACAUAAAACAACCCUAGUGUCUAUCUUUUUUUUUUUUUUUUAUCACAGUGGCAUUUUCAGAGAUGUAGUUGCCAGUUUCACCUGCUUACUUUGAAAACUUGUUUGUGUAAACUUGCUUGACGCAAGUAUCCCUCUUGCAUAUGCUCACUGUCAGAACAAUUGAAAUGGAAGACAUGGAGUCUGACAGUCACACAUGUUCUUAACAAACAAAAUUACUUUUUCGUAAAUCUUGAUGCAGCAUUUGUAUAAUCGUACGAUUGGCUAAAAUAUGUAAACUUUAUGAAAAUUUCCAGAGAGCUGGCAGGUGUGAUCAAAGCCUUAACUCGAAUAUUCCUUUGCCAAACUUUGCUCUGCAGGCUUCAAGUAAUGCCUUAUACUUGUUAAUGGGAUGCUCUUUCUCUUAUUUUGGUUGCUAGUUACUAUGCAUCGGGCAUGACAGCUUGUUUCUCUGGCCUUUGUUCUUUUGUUCAGUCUUGUUGCUUCUUGCUUUUGAUGAGCUAUCUUAUAUAAAAGAAGAAAAAAAAGAUUGAUGCAAUAGAGUAUAUCCAUGCUUCACAUUGGCCUUGGAUCUAUAUGUACAUAAACACUAUUCAUCUGUGUGUGCAUAGAAGUGAUAUCUGCAGGUAGGUCCAAAUUUAAACAAUCUUCCAGCGCUGUGAGUGUGCCAGCUGUUUAUAUGGCUUUAAGCUUUGGACAGAAUGUGAAAUUUUAUGUUAUACCCAUGUGGUUGAGCCUGCAGUUGACAGUCUUUAUAUGUGCAAUCGUAAGGAGUCACAUCAAUCCAUUUGGAAAAAUGCCCAUGUUCUUUAUCUUUUGGCAGUCGCACGUGACUACUAAGUUAAUCUGAGGCCACAUUCCCUUGAGGUUACUUCUUUCCACAUUGUUUUGCUGCAGGCCUAUCGUGCUGAUCACGGAUAUGUAGCAGAUCUUGACGUGACAGAGGGACUGAUGUAUUAUUACUGUUGAGCAUUUUAUGACCUGCACACUUUCUGACAGCCAGUUAUCAGUUUAAUGGUUUACUGUUCCUAAAAUCUUGGUAACAGCUUCUCAAGAUUGUUUUCUUUAUCCUUGUAUGCGGCAGUACCAGUCCAGGUUUUGGUUUCGCCCUUCAGUUGUGCAAUGCCCUGCCCACUGGGCCGUUCUCUAAAUGUCUCCGUAGCGUAUAACACGGACCUCAUUUACCUCCUGCUAAUAAUAUUGUUUGUGCAACUUCCUGGAAAUAACCAGUGCCACCAGUAGACAGUGUGACACAUAUGCUGUCACAUUGCCUCCCUUGCCUUUACACUUUGACGUUUCUAAUGCUUUGAUAGUGCUAAGUUUACAUUUUCUUGUGUUUAGUUAGCUUGAUCGUAUGUUAUGUUGUCAAGCCCAAUGGUUAAGCUUGAGCCAGCAGUCCUGUUUGUAAAAGUCUGCUGUGCUCUAUGUGUCUACAGUGGAGACCACUUGUAACUUGACUGCCUGGAGCACAGUGCUGAAUAUUGUUUUACUUUUUCCCAUGACCAGCAUUUCUUAUUUUCAGUUUAAAAUAUUUAGGCACCACUUAAAGAGAAGAUGCCAAAUCCUAUGAACAUUAUAAGCAAGCGCUAUUAGUAUUACUAAGGACUAGCCAUUAGUGAAAAAAGAAAUGCAACUCAGAGCCUCACUUUCUCUUUUUUUUUUCACUUUCUCUUGCAUAUCUAAGCAAUGCUAUUGAUUAUAUGGUGUCACAGACACCACUUUCUUUUUUCUGUCAAUUUGGGUCAUUUUCCUGCAGGAAGAUGAGACUAUAAAGAAGAAAAAAGACUAAGGUUGGGUGUUAAGCAUACAUAAGCAGAUGCAUCACACCUAAAAAAGUGAACAAAAAUAAAAUAUCAGCAUUGAUGAUAACAAAAGUGAAAAAUAUUUUGUCAUUGUCACUUGCUGCAAGUGAUGCGGAACCUGGAAAACUCCCCUACCUGCUUCAAAAUGUCUGCUCACUUUGCAUUCAUGGAUCCCAUUUCACACCUGCAAUGUCUUUCUUAUGUUACAUACAUUGUCUGUGAGGUAACAACACAUCAGACGCUGUAGAUAUACUGUGUGAACAUGGUAUUGUGGUGGGCAGUGGGAAUGCAUUUGUUCACAUUUUCAGUAGUGUGAUUGCUGCUUGACAUUUCUUUGAGCAACAUCAGCACUGCCUGCUCCCCCUAUCCAGCGAAUGUGCCCUGCUCUCUACGAUAAACUUUAUAUCUGCCUUGGACUGAAUACUGUUAUGUGUUCAUGUCAUCUGUUGAAGGGCUUUUUAUAUGUUAGUAUUAUAUUUGUUUAUGUUUUUUACCUUCAGUCAGAAAUUAUGGUUGAGGUUUCUUUAAGGCCUUCAAAUCUGUACAUUUUUUUCUGGGUACAUGGUGAACUUUCCAGAAAAAGCUUUGUACUUGUAGCAUAAAUAUUCAAGCCAUGUCAGGUCAGUUGUCAUAAUUACGAAAAUUAAUUACAUAUAUUGAACUCUUAAAAUUUUUGUGUUAAAUCAUGAAAAGAACUUCAAAAAUCGUUACUAGUAGGUAGCCUGGGUGUCAUAGUGUGGAAGGCCAUCUGAUACAAGAAACAACACUAUUUAAUAGCAGUGAUACAGAGCAACACAUAGCAUUUUUCGCCACACCUGGUAGUACGCUGCAUAAUAUACGAUUGUUUUGCAUUACCUUGUGCACUGAUGUUACAUAUGACAUUGUUUGUGGUUAGCGGGGGGUUAUGUUCACAUUCACUGCUACGUUUAAGAUUUUUUUUUCUUAUUACCACUACUCGGAACAUUCAAAAGUAAAUUGCAUCUGCAUAUGGAGUUACCGUGAAUGAAAGGGCUAAAGACUACACAAUUACCAACCCUGUGAACACGGGGAAUUUUCGAUGCCCUUCCUUUACAUUAAGAACCACUGUACAGCACCAUACUUAACCAUCCCGGUUGUAUACUGCAGCACAUGGGAGUACCAAGAGUUUGAGAUUGCUCACCACCAUAUAUGAGAAGAAAGACUGUUUGCAAUUAGCAGUGUUAAUUUCCAUACUCACCAUAGUAGCUCUGUUGCUAUGGCAACAUGCUGUUGAGUACAACAUUGCCAAAGUGAAUCCUGGGUGCACUUGUUGCAUCCCACUGCAGGCAGUAGUGCUAAAUCAUAUGAAUGCUUAGAUUUAGUUAGGUACAGAUUAAGAAAAUUCCCAGACAGUCAAAAGUAAGCUCUCACCAUUUACAACAGUGUCUGCUAAAGCACACACUGCAACCUUCAAACAUUGAACUGAGUAUUUGGUGCUAAUAUUCAGAGCUCUCUUCCCGCUGUUUAGGUUAUAAGUGGUCUGCACUGUAUCAGUUACAUGCUGUUUAGGCUGUUCUCUUUGUAGUGUCAGUCUUGGUGCAGCUAGCAAUAGAUUACGCACUUUUGUUUCACUGUUGAUAUUCCAUAGUUGAUCACAAGAGGCAGUCAAACUUGCUCUCACUGUGGCAUGAGCAUUUUUGCAGCCAGUCAUUGGAUUUACCAUUUAACUUGACUAGAAGUCCCUUUUCGUGGCUUUGGUUCAUUCACCUAGCAAUAUUUUGUUGCAUAAAACAUUAUGAAGACUUUGUUACUUCACUGCAGGUGCGAAACCAUGUUCUUGCAUCCCUAUAGUGUUGCUUUCAUUAAGACUGCAAGCCAUCAUCAACAUUGCAAGAAUGUGCCAUGUGUAAUAGCAGUGUAGUGAGAGCAUUGGAGGAAGCAGCUGUACAUAUUGCAGUCUUUGCAUAAUGACCUUGUGUUGCCUUGGUGACGGGACCUGCAGUGUAAAAGUUGUGUCGUGCGAAUGAACGUGCAAGUUUUAUUCAACACUAGGUAGGGUACCGUGUCCUUAACAAAAGCUUGUCGCAGGACUGUGCGGCAGUACUGCUUGCUGCUCCUGUGCGUCUGGUACUUGGGAACUCCAAUGAUUGACGACUCUCCCUUGCAAUGAUUUCACAAGCAAUGGAGUCCUUUCCAUGUUCUUGGUGCACCAGAAGCACUGUAGCUGGACACAGACCACACACACCUGUGACAGCUCCCAUCAGAGUCACGUGGCCUGCAUAUUGAUAAACGCUGCAAGUAUGAGCAGCUUGCCUUUUUUUUUAUUCUUUCUAAGAAUGUCUGUGAGUGUUGUGGAGAUCGUCAUACCAUGUCUUGUGGCGAAUGUGUGUUUUUGAAUGUGUAGAGGUGUGCUUUUGUGUGUGCUUAUAAAUAUGUGAAUUUGCGGUGGUGAAAAGGGCGAGUGCAUGGUGCGAACCCGGCGGUUCUUUGUACAUUACGCUUUUCCUGACCUUCCAUCCAUAUUGAAGACGUCUGGGGAGAUGGCUCGCGCUUUCAUACAGCGUUGAUAUUUCUGUUUUAAGAAAUACACUUGCAUACACUAUAUACAUUAUGUAUAGUGUUCCGCUGGUCAUGUAGAGGAGAAAUAAAAUCAAUUGAUGAAAAA